CAACGGGAGCACAAUAGUUUUAUCACUGAUAGCGCACGGAUGUGUUUUGUGUCGAGCGGUUAGUUUUCCAGGAUACACGCGCGAGACUGGUUUUCGAAUCGUUCUUCCCCGAAGCUGCACUGUACUGAAAACAUUGCUUCUCGAGGAAUCACACCGCAGUGAACGCGCGUCGUCUGUGCAAGUAAAAAAAAAGUAGUGCACAAUCGUUGAACAAAAGAGUAGAAGGAAAUAAAACAUGCACUUUGUUAUUGAGCCCCUUUUCAAAUAACGCUCCAGUUUGAUGAUUUGCCGUGGUUUUGUAGUGUGCAAUGCGUAAACGUUGAUGUUGUAAAGGGUAAACGUGUGACUGCUCCGUUGUUGCUAUUUGUUGGAUUAAUCCUAGCAAGCGAAGCACUUUGUAUUGUGCCGUAGUAGUAGUAGUAGUGCGACGGCUGUAUUGAGGAGAUGCCGUUGCCAGUUUGAAAACGCGUCCUAAUUGUGUCCCGCGAAAGCAAAACCAAACCGUCGAAUCCAUUUUGUUUGGGGUUCCAGUGCGGUUCCCGCGUCCCCUCUGUCUGUGUGUGUGUGUGUGUGUGCAUGUGGUUCAGCUUUUGUAUUCCGGUGUUUGUUUUUCGGGUACGAGAUAUACUGUGCGUGUAGAGCGUGGUGUGGAAGAAUUUGAAAAAAACGGAGCGAAAUGAAAUGAAAUUGCUUCAAUACGCUCUGUGCUUGCUCCCCCACGCAUUGUGGGUGCUUUUGUGAAGAAAACGGAAAAAGAAGAAGAAAAAAACGAAACCUUGUACAUGGUGAAGGAGGAGAAGUAAUCGUGCAAAAGGCAUAAAGAGGAGGCGCAUUUCAGCGUAAUUUGCAAACAACGUCAGAAGCGACGGCGGCAACACACUCCCAAAACCGUGUGUACAAUCCGUUAUUCCAGAGUGUAUGUGUGUCCAUCCUGUACGCGUGUGGGUGGCUUAACCGUGUUGUCCUUUGCGAGAUCCACAAACCUCCGCGGCGCUUGGGUGAGUGUUGGUGUUGGUUGGAGUGGUUUUUUGAAUGAAUUUUUGGAGACGAAUGUGAGUGGAGUUUUCGUUCGCGGAAGGCUCUUGAAUAGCUUCAUUGACUGAUUUGGCGAAACGGCUUAAGCAGCAGCCUAACAGCCAAUCGCUGGGUUCUACUGUUUGACCAAAUUUAAUCAUCAUCAUCAUCGAGACAAGAAGCGCACGUCCCUAAACAAGAGAUAGAGAGAGAAAAAGCGAGGCGCCAGUCAGUUAAAUUAUCUUCCCCCCGAAGCGCCGGAGCAAAGCAAAUCAUCAGCAAACACGAGGACGACCAACGGCAAAGACAAAUACGCAACAAGCGGAAGAACCGGCCGUCCGUCCAGUGUCAUUCAAAAAUUCCAGCCCCGCACCACCACCACCACCGUCUGCGUGUCCGAUCUGUCAGUUUGAAUGGUUUUUAAAUUGGACAGAAUCACAGUCCCCGAUGGUCUGCGGCGGCGGGGGUCAAAAAGUCGCCAAGAUUUCUAAUCUCGUUCCUGUGCCAUUCGAUAAUUGUCCGAGUGUGCAAUUAAUCGAUUUGCUUUAGCUGUCGGACAGUCAAAGGGCGGCAAAAGGGCGGCAAACGUGGCGGUUGCGAUUACACUUUUGCUUUGUAGGAUCUAAUAGUUCAUAUCCCUUUUUGUGCCACAUUGCUGGUGCUGGAGAAAAGAAUGUAGGACACACACACACACGCUCAAGGAGGCAGCAAAAACGCUUAACAUUGCAUCGCUUCUUCAGGACUGCGUGUGAGCAGAUAAGGAUAAGGACCAUCCGUCCAGCAGUCAUUCAGGCACACACGUACACACUAGCUGCAUUCGAUGCAUCGUAAAAGCAUGACGUGUGCGCCACCAUAAUUGCUUGAUGAUUGCUCUCCGGGUCCCGUGUCGCGCUCGUUCCGGAAUGAGACAUUCUUACGGCGUCGAUGUCAUGCACAGGCCGUCUCUCGGUACAUUCGUUCGUCCUUUGGACGUAGCGCGCGGUGUGGUGGCUGGAUGUUGAGGCGGAAAACAGGGGAGAACAAAAUUGUCAUCCGCUAGAACAUACCGAGGUUGGUGUGAAAUUAUAUAGACUUCCUUUUUGUGUCGUGAACGGCCGGGGACAUCUCUCGGACCGACAAAACCCCGAGGAAAAUUCAACCUGUGUGCAAGUGGGGGGUAGUAGCGUGUAGUGUAGUGUGGCAGUGAGCAGUCCGUUCUACUCGAGUGAACACAAAUUUGCCAGCGUAAAAAGGAAACGUCGUAUCGUAGUAACCGGCACACCAUGCUGCCGUUGCUAGGACAUUUCACCGCUCACCGUGAGCAGGACAGCGAGCAUCAUCACCGCAUCCUUCGGCGGAAACAAUUGCCUUCAGCUAAGCGGACGAGUUCCCGCGAAAGACGACGCCAGAUGAUGCUGGGAACGGUGUUGCUGGCGGUUGCCCUCUGCCUGCUCCUCCCAACCAAGACGCACGCAGCAGCAGCAGCAGCAUCACCAUCGACCGGGUUUUACUUCUCCGUCUCGAAACUCCGUGUUACGCUGCCCAUCUCGAAGGAGUCGUACAUCAUCCUACGCAACGAACCGAUCGUCAACUUGCGGCUGCUGUCCGUGACGGGUAGCGAACUGCAGCGAACCGCAAAUGCCAUCGACCAACCUGUUGUGACCGGUUACAGUUACGCCAUCGAGAGCCCGCCCGACACCGACUACCUGAAGGUGGACGCGCACACGGGCGGACUGUGGCUAACGUCCCAAAUCUACACCCUGUCGAACGUCACCGAGUUUGUCAUCGUGGCGGUCAACGCGAGCGGUGGCGGUGGUGGUUCACCCUUCGCCCAUGGCGUUGUACCGGCCGCCCGGCUAACGCUUACGAUUGUGCCGGUGCCGGUGGCGGAGGAUACACUCGACCGCUUCUGUGAGCAUCAUCCCGAGCGGGCAUGCUUCUGGGACACGGCCCAGUAUCGGGUGGCUGAGAAUGGACCGCCGGGGUGGACGAUCGGUGCCGUCGGUCCUUCGUUCUAUCGGCGGCUUUGUCCACAGCAUCGUCCCCGGUACGAGUUACUGACUGAGGCGAUUGCUGGCAGCAGCAGCAGCAGCAGCAACAGAAGCAGUAGCAGCAGCGAGUAUUUGCUGCUAGACCCGCAAGAUGGAACACUGCGAACUAAGGUUUCGUACGAUCACGAUAAACACGCACCGGGACCGAUUGUGCAGACGGGUGUGCGGUGCACGCUGCAACAGGUAGCUGCGGAUGGUGGAUCCAUUUUGGCUGCCGCAUCGCAAACGGUUGAUCGAACAAUCACGGUGAAUGUGCUGGAUCGGAACGAUAACUUCCCCCGGCUGGAGGUGGCGAAUGGGACGGAUGAGUUAAACCACGCCGAUGCCAGAGACGACAGCUAUCAGGUUUACAUUGAUGAUCCACAUGUUCAACAGGGCGAUAGUGUAGGCUACUUCCGGAUCGUAUUCACCGACGACGACUCCAUCCCGGUCAACACCCGCGUCCACUACAAACUGCACGGCGACGCGAUGGAUCUGUUCCAUCCGGACUGUGCGAUGUACGAAAAUGAGCACAACGGAGGCUUGAAGCAGACCGUCUUUGGAUGCAAGCUAAUUUUCGCUCGGUCCGGAAUUCUGCGAAAAACUCCCUACUGUGUCACGCUGCAGGCGGUGGAUCAAACGGUAGAGUAUUCUCCGUACCACUACGAGGCUUCCGCCACCACCCGGGACACGGCAGCAAAUGCGUCCAUCUGUCUGACGACCAACCUGAAUCGCAUUCAUGAGUACGACCUGCCACAGCCAGCAGCACUGACGAGCAGCGGGAACGUUCACCAGGCAGCAGCAGCAGCGCCACCUUCCUUUUACGCUGAAGGUAGUGGCUUCCGUGCCGAAGCACCGAAGCAAGGCAGAAGUGGCCGGGGCGGAGGUAAGAGCAAAAAGGAAGCAGCGAACCCGGCCAGGAUUGUCUACCCGAAGGAAGCGAUAGUGUACGACACGUCGCGCAAGUUUGCUCGCAUCGCGGAACCGAACGCGCUCGCGCAGCUGAUCCAGGAGAACAGUGCCGACCUAAACUUCCGGCUCGUGAGCAAUCCACUGAACGCGUUCGGCAUCACGAAGAUUGCGGGCAUAAUCUAUCUGAAGAACGAGACCGCCUUCCAGAACAAGCCGGAAAGCCGGCACGAGCUAACGGUGGCGUGGAAAAACUACACCGUCAGCAUACUGGUUCGGUUGCGCAAAAACCCGGACGGUGUGCACUGUGCAGCGGUGCCGCUCGGGCCAGACUCGGCAGAAGAUUUCUGUGCCGCCCAUCCGAACCGUACCAGCUGUGAGGGUGCGUGCGGGCUGGGCAGCCUUAAGGGUCCGUGCGAGUAUCGUUCGCAGACGGAUCUGCCCGGCCUGUGGACUGAAGACUAUCCGACCUGCUCGUCCGGGCUGUCCCACUGUCCGGACGGGGUGUGCGAUCCGCUGGAGGAGAUGGGCCACCGGGAGAAGAUUCACAUCUGUCCGCAGGAUUGUGUGUACAAGCAGGACAUCGUGGGGCUGCACCAUUCGGACAAGGCGCGUGGCAUUCAGACCGCAUCGGGGCACUGCAGCUGCCGUGCGUCGGGGCACUGUAGCUGCAUCGACACGUUGCGCAUACCGGCGUCGUUUAAGCGUAGCAAAACGACAACAUCCAGCUCAACUACAACGACCACUACUACCUCCACCACGACAACGCCGUCGUACGUUGAGGGCGCAUCGACGGGAGGUGGUGGUGAGGUGGAAGUGUUUUCUGUUGGUGCGAAAAAUGGCACCGAAAACGAAGCCGGAACGCGACACCGCGAUCGGUCGGAGGAUGCCCCACCGGCAGCGGUACGGGAUGGCAGCCUGUACGAGCCGGGGCUGAUCACUGGACCGCACGCAUCGAUCUAUCUGAUCGCGAUCGUGCUGAUACCGAUGGUGGUGGCCGUGAUGAUCGUGCUGUACUGCUUCAGUCGGAAGUUGACGGUGAAAAACAAGCUGCUGGAUGGGAGCAGCGGUGCAAACGGCACGAUCGGGGGCAUGAACAGCAUCAGCAUGAACCUGGUCAGCAACGAUACGGAGAUUUUCAACGUGGAACUGCCGCUGACGACGCGCAUCAAUGAGAUCAACUUUAAAAUCGAUUACGACUCAAAGUGGGAAUUUCCCCGCACGAAUCUAAUACUCGACGCAACGCUCGGCGAGGGCGAGUUUGGCAAGGUGCUGAAGGGGUUUGCCACGGAUCUGCCCGAAAAGCCGGGCAUCACGACCGUGGCGGUGAAGAUGCUCAAAACGGGCGCCAAUUCCGUCGAACUGCUCGCGUUACUGUCCGAGUAUCAGCUUCUGCAGGAGGUGAACCAUCCCAAUGUGAUCCGGCUGCUCGGUGCGUGCACCAAAGGGGAUACGCCACUGCUAAUCAUUGAGUACUGUCAGUAUGGAUCGUUGAAAAACUACCUUCGCCUUAGCCGCAAGCUGGAGGUGCUGAACGCGGACUACGAGAACGCGGUCGAACCGAUCACGGUCAAGGACAUCCUAUCGUUCGCCUGGCAGAUCAGCAAAGGGAUGGCCUACCUGACCGACAUCAAGCUGGUGCACCGGGAUCUGGCCGCCCGCAACGUGCUGCUGGCCGAGGGUAAGGUGUGCAAGAUUUCCGACUUCGGUCUGACGCGCGACGUGUACGAGGACGAUGCGUAUCUGAAGAAGAGCAAGGACCGGGUGCCGGUCAAGUGGAUGGCCCCGGAAUCGCUGGCCGAUCACAUCUACACGACCAAGAGCGACGUGUGGGCGUUCGGGGUGCUGUGCUGGGAGCUGAUCACGCUCGGGGCGUCGCCCUACCCGGGCAUACCGCCCCAGAAUCUGUACAAUCUGCUGAAGCAGGGCUACCGGAUGGAGUGUCCGAAGAACUGUUCCGAAGAAAUUUACGGCAUCGUGCGUUUGUGUUGGGCCGAUGAUCCUAAGCAGCGUCCCAGCUUCAAGCAUUUGGCCGGUCAGUUUGAGCUGCUGCUGGGGCGCAGUGCAAAGUAUCUCGAUAUGGAGCAGAACUCCAUCUCCAAUCCGGUCUAUUGCGUUAACGUUGAUGAAACCGAUUGUGCGAAGCUUGCCAUCUGCAAGGAGGAACAGGACCGGCUGGAAAGCCUCUGGACACCACCGCAGUACGAAACGGUGGACACGACGAGCGCUGAAAUGACCGGACGCUACCAAACGCCCUCCGCGAUGGCCGUGGCUGCCGUCAUAUCGGAGCUAAACGAGGACAAGAAGCAGCUGCUACUGCAAAGCUACGACACGCCGCGCCCGCUCAUCGAAACGGCCACGAUCGAGCAGAAGCUGCGGUACGAAAACGAUGUGCGCUUGAGGCCGAAAAAGCUUAGCAAUGGUAGCGGAUCGUCCUCUCCGGGUGAGAACGACGAUCGGCAGCACUCCCGUCCGUGCACGAAUGCGGUACGCUCGUCCUCGAUCAGUCCACCGCGCUGCCUGCGAAACCAUUUCGAGGAAACGUCCUUCAUCACGAGACACAAUGCUGAUCGCGAUACGGCUUGUUGUAGCAGUAGCAGCAGCAGUAGCACCAGUGGUGGUGGUGGUGGUGCCGGUGGUGCCAGUGGUUGUUGUGGCAACAGUAGCGGCGAGUACGAUUCACCCAGCCGACAGCCACGGCGGGUCGUUUCGUACGUGGACAUGAACAAAAACAGCCGCCAGCUGAACGCGAACCUCGAGAUCAAUCACAUGAUCGACAAGAAACAGUCCAAAGAUAUUGCCUUACGAUUUUCGACCGUCGAUAACGAGCUGCAGCUGGUGCUGGUGGAACCGAUCGCCCACAGCACACCGUACGGGAAGAACAUUCCGAUCGAAUCGGACGUGCUGCUGCAGCAGAAGCAGAACAACGUGGAUAGCAAAACCUGCGCCGCCGCUGCUGGGCCAGUGGCGGCUGCUCCACCUGCAGUGGUAGAGUACACGGAGGUGGUGAAAACGCAUUCGGCAGGAGGAGGAGGAGGAGGAGGCCAAGGAGCGGAACAGAUAGGGCUAACGCUUACCUCGACGGUUUAAGCUCGGGGAAAAAGCUGCCCUCGCUCGCAAAAGGGUUGUUUAGGGCGCGAGGGAUAUUUUUACAAGUUUUACAAUUGUAUUUGUAACUGUUACCGCGACUCCAAGCCCUUCCCCAUUGCCAUCAGUUGUCUGUGUUAUGCAAGAGAUCAGAAAGAGAGCCAAGUUUAGGUCGCUGCACACAGUUGUUCGUGGUGAAAUAACCGCCUUGAAGAUGAUAGAUAGAUGCUAUCUACGACCAAACAAACCAAAUGGAUGUCUUACUCCAAUGUACAACUUCCAGCUAAGUAUUUAUUUAUGCUUUAUCCAAUAAGGACGAUAAUUUAUGAUUACGAAUCUAUUUUUCGUGUUUUGCUAAAACGUGCAAACCGUAGUAGUAAGUGAUGAAUUAUCAGGCUGGGAAUUGAUAAUUGAAGCGCACCUAGAUGGUGUGCUUCCUUUGCGUCUCCUUUUUUUUUUUCUUUUCCUAUACUAUCUUUCCUUUCUAACAUAUUUGAACGCGAAUUAUGUUAAACCUUGUCCAACAUUUGUAUUAAGGCAUCAAUUUAUUCCAAGAAUGAAUUACCAAUUCCCUUAGCGUUUAUUAACAGUUGCCUUCAGAUGAAAUACGGUGAUGGAAAAAUGAUAGGGAAGUGUUACGGAGAAAAUAAAAUUCAAUGUUCGAUCGAAACCUCUCGGGAAGAGAUAGAAAAGAAUCCACUAUCCUAUUAAGUCAUGCAAAUAAGUCACCCAUUUCGCCCUUUAUUUGUUACUCUCGAAAUAAUUUACAUCUCUAAAACGUUAGUCAGCUAAUGCAUAACCUUGCUCUGCUGCCCCCGCAACCAAAGAACGUGACAAAACCAUUCUGAUUUUAGUGCCAUUAAGUAAUGUAGAAUUUAGCCCUCGUCGGCAUCGUCGGGCUCGCGCUAGCCAACACGUGUUUUGGCACACGCCUAAACUCUGUCGUCCCAAGGGUGAAGAAGAAAUGGUAGAAAACCAUGCAGAAAGAAAACAAAGGUAACACAUAUAUAUUAUUAUUAUUACUAUUACUAUGAACGGAUAAUGUGCUAUUUAAAUAUAUUCAUAAAAAUAUUCUAGCGAAAAAAUAUAUGGACACAAAACAACCACAAAA